AUCACAUUUUACAACACUGAAUACACACCGGUACAUUAGAGGUCGUAUGGAUGUAUAUUACUGUUAUGAAGGUGUCGCACACUUGCAGAAUGUUGGUGUCUAGACGCGUUAAAUCCUUGAGGAUAGAAAUACCAGCGAGAUUAUAGUUACAUCUCUGAUAAUCGGAUAUGUGGCGCCAGUUAUGGGUUAGACGCGGUGUUCCGCUGUCUAGGAGGUGGUUCACCUCCAAAAUUGAAGCUUCCGAUGUACAACGGACUGCCACCGCCGAAGUACCAGAGACAUUUAAACCGCUGAGCCCGCUACAAACGCAGAAAUUAGGCAUGUUUUUAGAGCCGGGUAUACUCUUCAAGGACCACAAGCGAAGAAAGAUUAUCAUAUUUAAGUUGUACUUCUUCUCAAUAUUAUCGGUUACCAUUAUUCUGACGAUGAUUAAAAUCGUUCCUCCUGGAUAUGUAGGCAUGAUUGUUAGAAGAGAUGGGACGAUAGAUCAGUUCAAUAAUGAAGGACGUAUCUCGCUUUUUUACAUACCGUUUUUGGAGGUACCAGUGGCUUUCAGAGUGACGCCCAUUAGAAAGAAAAUUAUGGAAAAGUUCACUACUAAAGACGGGCAGCAGGUUGAGGUGGUCAUUUUCUUUGACCUCCAAGCUAAGUUGGCCUUUGCAAGCCACAUAUACACCAUCUAUGGCGUGAAUUACUCCAAGGAGUUUGUAGAAAAGGAACUCAUGUUUGAUGUGGAGCAAGUAGUCAAGAAAUUCGACAAAAGUGAACUGCUUAUCCAGUCUGAUGAGGUGGAAAGAUUAUUUUCUAGAGAGAAGAAACAUAUCGCAACCCUGAAAACACACAAGGCAACCGAGGAAAUUAUAGAACGUUUUGAAGAUGCGGGAGCAUUUAACAAGAUCAUUGUUAGCAAAAUUAACGUGAGCUUCCGAGAUCCAAGCUUUGUACCAAAUUUGACCUAACGGUCUUUGCGCACUUCUAGCAUCACGGGUCCUGAACCG